CAGGGGCGGACUGACCAUUUGGAAACUCGGGCACUGCCCGAGGGCCCAGGGUCAGUAGGGGGCCCCAUGAGAUGCCCCUGGUACCUUUUUCAUAGGCUUUUUUGAGUUUGGGCAAGGACACGGGGGCCCCAUGAUCCCCUAUUGCCCGGGGGCCCCAUGAGUUGUCAGUCCUCCCCUGGAUCCGCCCCUGCACCCAAGAUUUGAGGGUACAUUGCCCCGUCCAUUGUCUCUGAUGCGGUGCAGUUGUCAUGUCCCCUUAG